AUGCAGAGAUCUCUGGAUCCCCUGGCCGACUUUUAUGAGAGAACCCAACGUUCAGGGGAGACAGCCUGUUCUUUUGCCAUUGCUUUAGAGGCCACGCUCAGAGAAGUGGAAGACACCCAAAACAGGGGCCGACCAUUCCCAGAUCGUGAUGCAAAACUGGUGCGACAGUUCAUGAGGGGGUUGAUUGAAGAGGAUGUUUUUUUGAGGAUUGCUCCCAUGAAGCCGAGAAUGCUAUGCUUUCGGGAGCUACAGAACGAGCUCAGGAAUAUAGCCAGAGAAGCCAAGAAGUUCAACCAGCCGAGGCAGAAGAAGACUUUCAGCCAGGUCCAGACUGUCACAAAUAGGCAAGAUUUUGAGGGACACCUGCAACGCCUGCAGUUGGUGUUUGAUAGACUGCGUAAACAUGGCCUUAAACUGAAACCCUCAAAAUGCCACUUAAUGAAAAAGGAGGUCCAAUACUUGGGGCAUCGGGUGUGUGCAGAAGGUAUCCGCACUGACCCUGAAAAGAUAAGCAAGGUGAAGGACUGGCCACAGCCAACAAACCGUAAGGAGGUCCUUCGUUUCCUGGGGUUUGCGGGGUACUACAGGAGGGCCCUGUCGUGCCCACAGAGGGUGGCAGAAGAGUCUGAGCCUCCUGUGCCCAGUCAAGAGUCAGAGCCCUACGCUGAUACUGGUACUGAAUGUCUCCCAUCAAUGACCAAGCAGGACAUCCGGGCGGCUCAAAGGGAAGAUCUUGUUGUGGGACCAGUGUUGAGCUACAAAGCAAUUAAUUCCAAACCAAGCAAAAGAGAGAGAGAGGCUUGGGGAGGACAGGCCUCCCUUCUCCUAAAAGAGUGGAGGAAGUUGGUUGUGAGAGAUGGAAACUCUGUAUCGCACAGUCCGGGACAGUCGUAA